ACAGUACACCAAACUCUAUUUAUUCUAGACAAGCAAACAUUUUCCAUUUUACUAUAUAGUUUAAAGAAAAAAAAAAAAAAAAAGAGAAGUAAAGGAAGAUGGUGUUAAUUGAAAAGUUUUGGGAUGAUGUUAGGGCUGGACCUCAACCAGGCAAAGGCCUUGGCAAACUGAGAAAGUCCAUUACUUUAAUUCAACCUCAUGCUAGAGAAUUGCAUAGUGGCAAGGCGGAGUCACCUUUAGCAUCAGAAGGUGGUGAAGGGGAAGGACCAAACAAGAACUAUCAAAGGUCUCUGUCUAUGACGGGUUCGGGCUCAGGGAGCCCGAUAACACCAGGAACCCCGAUGACUCCAAACAGUCGUUCGCCAACGGCGAACGUAUGGAGGAGUGUGUUCGACCCAGGAAGCAACAUUGCCACCAAGAGAAUUGGUGCUGAGGUUUUUGACAAACCUUCUCACCCCAAUGCUCCCACUGUUUAUGACUGGCUUUACAGUGGCAAUACCAGGUCCAAGCAUCAGUGAGAAAUUAAAAAUUCUGGAUUUUGGAUCGUGACAAAUAAGUAUUUCAAUAACGUUACAUGUAAAUAAACGUAUUUUCCUUUUAAUUGACGUGUUAUUUUCUAUAAUGCUACAGGAACAUGGAGAUUAAUUAAUAAACUUUAAUCCUAUGUUUUCUGUUGAUGCAUUAUUAUUAUUAUAAGUAUUAGUAUUAACUAGUAGUACUAAUUAAUAUAUGUGUAAUUAGGUUUUGAUGAAAGCCAACUUGAGUAUAUUAAGUGGCUUUACUAGUUGCUGCUACUUCUACUAUUAUACCAUAAUUAGUAGUAGUAUAUUAGUGUUAUAGUGUUGUUUUGUUAUGUAUUUUGGACAAUAACAAUAAUAAUAAUAAUAAUAAUAAUGUUUAGUA